AUGGUAAGUUGGUGGUGUAAUCAACUAUCUACCAUUCCAAUACCAAAAUUAAUUCGAAUUCUUAGUAAUAUUGCAACUUAUAUUCACGAAAAUUCUGCAUCAGGUUUGAUGCAUGAAGAGAAAAUGAAAGAAAUAUGUAUUCAAUCUAUCAAAGAUUCUCUAAGUAAUCAUUUUGAUAGUAAAGCAAAUAUGCAAGAAAUCGAAAAUCAAACAUCAGAAUUCGUACGAACUAUUUGUGAAGAUGUCGGAAUUUUAGCUUCUCGUGGUGGAUCACUCUAUGAUUUUCUUCAUUUAACAUUUCAAAAAAUUUACUUGUUUACAACUUAUCAACAUAGAAACUAUGGAACAAAGCAAAGAAAAGGUGAUGAAUCUUCGUUACAGAAUAUUACUCAAUCAUUACGAUAUCAUAUGAAUGAUCCACGUUUUUGUGUACCUAUUGCACUUGCUUUAGGUAAAAUAAGUUAUUCUUGGUCUCAACAUGAUUUUGAUCGUUUUUGUUAUGAAUUUAUAAAAGAACAAGAUAAAUUCAAUUCUCUUCAUCUAUUCGGCGCGUAUACUUUAAUAAAUUGUGUCAAUGAUCUUGUUAAUUAUCGUUCGGAUAAAAUUUUGUUUGAUACUUUAGAUCGUUUAAUCAUUUCAGUCGGUCAACAUCAAUGA